AUGUUGAGCUACGAAGAGGUCUCGAAACAUAAAACAAAAGACAAUUGCUGGGUUAUUAUUCACGGCAAGGUAUACGAUGUGACACAUUUUCUAAACGAUCAUCCGGGAGGUUCUGCAAUUAUCUUGAAGUACGCAGGAAGAGAUGCUACAAAGGCUUUUGAUCCGGUUCACCCUAGCGAUACUCUUACCAAGUAUCUUCCGGGGGAAUUUCAUCUCGGAGAGGUUGAUCCCACAAGUAAGAAGACUACAAUCACGAAAAAGGAGAGGACGCAGAUGGCUAAAAGCAAUGCAAGAGAUGGGUCUAGCUCUGAGAUCAUCACAAAAGAACGAAACAGUAAUAUGGUUGACGAAUUCGAUGUUGAAUACGACGAGCAAAUCGGGAAAGAGCCUACCAUCUUUGAAGAUGGCGAGACUUUGGAUACCGCUUACAGAUCGUCACAAGCCUCAAAUAUCGCUACUCCACUUGAUGAUCUCGAUGAAGAUGAUGAGCCACUUUCUGAACAUGAGAAGAACAGAAGGAUCAUGGAAGAGAGAAAGCCUCAACUAGGACAAAUGUAUAACCUUCAUGACUUUGAACAUGUUGCGAGAAAUACUAUGGAACUCACAGCGUGGGCAUAUUAUUCGUCGGGCUCGGAUGAUGAGAUUGCAUUGAGAAACAAUCAUUUGGCUUACCAACGGAUACUUUUCAAGCCCAAGAUUCUAGUGGAUGUAACAAACAUCAACCUUCUGACUAAGAUGCUCGGCUGUGAAACAUCGGUACCAUUUUACAUCACAGCCACUGCAUUAGGAAAACUUGGUCAUCCUGAUGGAGAAAAAGUCCUCACCCGUGCAGCUUCACAGCACGGUGUGAUACAGAUGAUACCUACCUUGGCUUCCUGUUCCUUUGAUGAAAUAGUAGAUGAAGCUACUCCGAAGCAGUCGCAAUGGUUUCAGCUUUAUGUGAACUCGGACCGAGAUGUUACGAAAAAACUCGUUCAACAUGCAGAGUUGAGGGGGGUCAAAGGCUUGUUCAUAACAGUGGAUGCGCCUCAGUUAGGGAGGCGGGAGAAGGAUAUGCGAUCGAAAAACAUUCAAGACUUGAGUCAUGUACAAGGCGACGAUGAAGAUGCCGAUCGAUCCCAAGGCGCUGCUCGUGCGAUAUCCUCAUUCAUCGAUACUUCUUUAAACUGGAAUGAUAUUGCAUGGUUUCGGUCAAUUACGAAGAUGCCUAUAUUGUUGAAAGGGGUUCAAAGGGUGGAAGAUGGAAUCUUGGCAUUGAAAUAUGGUCUUGACGGUAUCGUUAUCUCUAACCAUGGCGGACGACAGUUGGAUCUGGUCAAACCCCCUAUCGAAGUCCUUGCUGAACUUCAGUCUACCUUAAGAAUGAGGAAAAUGGACAAAAAAAUGGAGGUUUUCAUAGAUGGAGGCGUAAGGAGAGGAAGUGACGUCAUUAAAGCUAUCGCUCUUGGUGCCACAGGAGUUGGAAUUGGAAGGCCAUUCUUGUACGCGAUGUCAACUUAUGGGGAUCAUGGCGUGUCCAAAGCGAUCCAAAUCCUCAAAGAUGAGAUGGUCAUGAAUAUGAGAUUACUCGGGGCGCGCUCUGUAGACGAGCUCAACGAGACGUUCAUUGAUACGUCUGCUUUGGAUAGGCCAUUUCCGGAAGACAAGCUUUUCAAUCGAAUUUAUGAACCUCUUGCCACACCUGAGUUUGUUAAGGAGUCGAAACUUUGA